AUGCAGUCAAUUUUGCUAACCCAGUUUAAAUUGACUCGUGCUUCCAUCGCCACCACCAAAGGUUCUGCUUCUCAUACAUCCUCUCAAAAAUCUACAUGGAUUAUCGACUUGGGUGCUACAUAUCACAUGACAUUUGAUCCUGGCCAACUUAUUAGUCGCAAAUCAUUCACUCUGUCGGUGGUGUCUAAUGUUAAUGGUACCCCAUCCCUUGUGGCUGGGGAGGGCUCUCUAUCUCUCUGUACUUCCCUACAUCUGGAUUUUGACAUCCUCGCGGGAAAGACAAUUAAUUGUGGUACUCAGUGGGACAAACUCAACUACUUGGAUUGGGCACUAGAUAGUGAGAUCAAGGUUGGUCAAGCUUUCACAACCAGUGCAACUCGUUCUGAGGGGAAGAGAGACAAACUUCCAGUGUGA